AUGGAAUUCUCGGACCUGUCGGUGGUGCUGCCCGACAAUUUCGUGGGCAUGGCAAAGGCAACCGCGUCCUCACGUCUGGAAGGCAAUGAUCGCUGCGAGGUUGUCCAGGAGGAGCUGAAGCGUCUCUUCGUUUCGGCACCCCAUGCACCGGAGACUUCCAAGGCCUCAAGGCCCAGCCGUCCCCCACGGCCACCGCCUCUAACGGACAUGCCGGAAGAAAGCAGGAAAGGAAGAUCAGAUAAGUUCCAGCUUUCGAAGCCACCGCCACCACCCAUUCGUUCGACACUUAUCCUGUCGCAGGAGGAGCAGCGGAGGACGACAAGAGAGUGCCAGCGGCGGCGCAGUGGGACCAAGACCUGGAGCCAGGAGGAGGAGAACCGUGAGCUCCGCCGACAGCUGCGCAAGCUUACCUCCGUUGAGGCUGCUCGUCCCCACUUCGAGAGCACUGCCGCUGAGAAUCACUGGCUCCGCCGUGAGGUGACGUCGAAGCUCCUCCAUGCGUGGCUCGCUGGGGAGGGCACCAGUAUGGCAUCGACUAGGGCUCCCACUCCGGCAACUUCGACUCCGGGGUCGGCCGGAGCCUCGCAGGACAAGCAGAUCCCGUCAGAGGUGCCCUCCGACACAAACUCUGAGGUCCGUCCCAUCAUCGGGCGAGUCACGGACACCACAGCAUCGUUUUUGGUUGAGGUGGCCGAAGAAAUUGACAUCAACAUCAAUGUCGUCCAGGUAUAUGGCUACAUGGAUCAGCACACCCACGAGCUGACACUGAUGGGAACCCAGAAGGAAUGGCUUCAUCAGCCUCCACUGGUCUCCCUAGAGCUGAAACGGACCUGGUUUUCCCAGGGCAUGGCGGUCUGCACGGCGCAAAGGGUACGCCCUGGAUCGCCCGUGACCUUCCAGCUCCAAAAGCUGGAGCCAGAGACCCCGUACAUGGUCUUCAUCAGCAACGUCCCGGAGGCCGAGCUUUUGACACCCCUCCGCUUUCGCACCAUGCCGGCACGAGUGGAAUCACUUCGGCUCGUGGUCAUUGGAGACUAUGCAGCAUCGAACAAGUCCACCGCGCCACUGGAUGAGUGUACCUCAGCGGGUCAGGAUGAGAACAACUCAGAUCCGUGGCAGCACCUGCACCACAUGGUUUCAAGGGGUGCUGAGGCAGGUGUCCUGACAGAGGUGCAGGUGGGCCUUCAUGUCGGCCGCACCUUCGCUGCGCAGAUGUACGAGCAGAUUCGCAGCAGCUUGGUCGAGCAUCAGAGCUUCUGUGAGGGGCCGAAGCAGGCGAUGCUUCGAGAGGCCCGUGCCAGGCUUCGGGAGGCGUACCGCACCACGUUCCCGGCUCGGCUCUUCCGUGUUUCAAUGAAGAAGCGGCCGAAUCUCGCUUCGAGGCUGACGAUUCGUGGCCAAUCGUUUUGUGCACUACCAAUUCGUGCCCAAGGUCUGCAGCUGGGCGACAUACAAGAGCUGCUGUGCCUGUCACUCGAGGUGUACCGUGAGUACCAGCGUGCCAUGUGGGACGGCAGCUGGCACUACGGCUUGGAUGUGCGCCAGCUGGGCAGGGGUUGGCACCAGGAGCCGGUGCCCGACGCAGACGUUGAGAAUGAGGAAGUGGACGCCUCCACACUGGAGUUUCUGGUCGAGGCGGGCAAGGCUUCCUCGGACUCGGUCGAG